UUUUUUCUCUUGUUUUUUGUUUUCUCUAUUAUCAAUCCAGAUAUUUCUCUUGACUUCACCCCAUUCAAUUGCAAAAGUCUUUGGUGCUUCUCUUGCCCUUUUUUUCUGCUUUCUGCGCUGUGUUUGCCUGGAAAACACUCAAUUUAUUCUUUCCUAAUUCAGUAACUGAGACUUUCGCUGCUUUAGCUGCAUACUUCUAUCUUCUUUUUGCUCUUACCUGUCUUUCUCUUAUUCAGCUGCUAAUAUAUUCAUAUACGCUUCUCGACAAUGGUUUCCUCAAAAAUUUCUAUUCCAAUCCCCGACGAGGAAAUCCUUCCCAAGGCGAACGAUCUCGGUGCUUUGGCCAACAGAAUCAACUUUGAAACAAGAAAAAACCACAACAAGAUUGACAAGACCAUCUCUGUCAAGUUGUUGAUUGCCUUAACCGAUUACAGAAUCUGGAGACAGGGCUUGCAAAUCUUCUACCACAUGUUCAAAAACAUCGAGAUAUUGAUUAACAAUGAAUUGGACACUUUAGCCUUGAGCGAGGGCAAAACAGACAUCAAAUAUCCAAACUCUGACGCUUUCAGGUUUUCUCCAGACCAAAUCCAAAAUAUUGACAAGGACUUGAGAGUCGCCUCAAUAUUGUACCAAUUCUUUGAUCCUAAGAUGUACAGAGCUCAAAAUCUAAGAAACGACUUGUUGGUCUUUUAUAACAACAAAGAUUCUUUUGAGAGCCCAAUGCAUCUAGAGCAAAAGAAAUUCGUCCAGCAUUUAUACUCAACUUUCCAAGAAAAGCCUCAUGUGUUGAUUGCUUACUGCCAUGUUCUUUACCUUGCUUUAUUCGCUGGUGGCAAAUUGAUAAGAUCUUCGAUUUUAAAAUCAACUGGCUUGUUUCCUGACAUUGAGGGAAAGUCAAAGAACGAAGUCGUUCAAAUGGCAACCACCUUCUUCAAGUUUGAUGUAUUGGACGAAAACUAUUUCAAAAUUCGUUACAAGACCAACUACGAAUUGUCAACAAGACUGGCUUUAACUGAACAAGAAAAGUUGGAUAUUAUAGAAGAAUCAAAAUACAUCUUCGAUACCAUCUACAAUUGUGUCAAAGAAUUGGAAGUCUAUAACACUCAUAGAUUCAAUACUAAAUUCAAAAAAAUGGGUUACAAUGCUGCUCUUUUCAUACUUUUUAUUUUAUUCUUGCUAUAUAUCAGAAGAUUAGUUCUUCACAUCAUUUAUUAAGUUGCCUUGGUUCAUUCUACUUUUUAUUUUAUUUUAUUUUAUCUUAUCUAAUUUUAUCUAAUUUUAUCUUAUUUUAUCUUAUCUAAUUUUUGCUUGAUUGUCUCUAUUUAGUUCCUUAUUUUAUAUUUAUUUUCUCAUUCCUAUAAUAUAUUUCCUAAUAUUUAUUUUUUAUUCAAUUCAC